AUGUUUAAUUGCGAUCAGUGUCCGUCAGUUUUCACCAUGAAACGCAAUUUGGUCGCACAUCAAAAAAAACAUAUGGGUGUACGUUUUCCGUGCACUGCUUGCCCAUUAACAUUCGCAUACAAAACCGGGCUCAACAAACAUAUGAAGAAUAUUCAUGGUAUCGUAAACGUUCCGGCUCAUUUGAGACCAAUACCCGCUGCGCCAAUCACCGCUCAACCAGCACGACCACCAAGCGUCAUACAGUUCGCGCCUCUUGCCGCUCCGCAGGGAGAUUUUCAAAUCGCGCCGCAGAUAUUUGUACCAGAUGUCCCGGCCGGUGGAUCGAAUGCGGUAUCCGACGAUGAUAUUAUAUGUAUGAACGCAAUGGACGAAUUUGAGGAUACAGAACCAAUUAUAAAUCUAUUUAAAAAUCCAUUUAAUAUAAAUCCGGAAAUUGUCGAAGCUUCUUUACAAUUAGAAAUUAUAGAACUCCAAUCUAAUAAUUCUUUAAAAACAACAUUUAAUAAUUUGACAAGCUCUCAAAAUCUUGUUCAGUUUUAUUCAAAUUUAUCUGAAGAAGAUUUUCCAAAUGUUCGGAAGUUUGCUGCUAAGAUGUCUUGUAUAUUUGGUUCAACAUAUAUUUGUGAGCAAGUAUUUUCAACGAUGAAAAUUAACAAAAGUAAAACUCGAUCUCGCAUCACAAAUGAACAUCUACACGCCGUUCUCCGGGUAAAUUCUACCAAAUUAGAACCUAAUAUUAAUGUCCUCUGUCAACAGAAACAAACUCAAAGUUCUCAUUAA